UUCUUUGUUCAUACUCAUUGAAUUAUAAUCUCAAAUCUCAAUAACGUUACUUGAAUCUACCGACUGCCACUUAUUAGCAUUACUCGUUUCAACAAUUAUAUAUUAAUAAGCAUUUAGUAUAACAGUUUACUAAGUCAAAUUACUCUAGUUAUUGAAAACUGUUUUGAUUGUUUUUCAUAAUUUUUAACUAUAUUUCGCGUCUUUUUGUGGGAGCAAUGCAAAGCCCGAGCGAAGUCAUUUUAAAAUUCAGUCGUCUGUCUGAACACGCUUUCCCGCCGGUCAAAGGUUCAGAGAAAGCAGCUGGUUAUGACUUAAAAAGUGCAUACAACUAUAUAGUACCAGCAAGGGGUAAGGAACUAAUCAAAACAGAUUUGCAAAUUGAGUUACCAUCAAAAUGCUAUGGCAGAGUUGCACCACGCUCAGGAUUGGCUGUCAAAAAUUUUAUAGAUGUUGGAGCUGGUGUCAUAGAUGAAGACUACAGAGGUAAUAUUGGGGUGGUUCUUUUCAACCACUCUGAUCAAGAUUUUGUGGUCAAGAAGGGUGACAGAAUUGCACAGCUUAUAUGUGAGAGGAUUUAUUAUCCUACAUUGCAAGAAGUUUCUAAUUUAUCUGAAACUAACAGAGGAGAUGGCGGAUUUGGUUCUACUGGAAGCCAGUAAAUAAAGAAUAAGAUAAUUUUAAUAAAUAUUUCGAAAAUAUA